AUUUUAUCUUCUCUUUUUCUUAUGGUUUGGUGUUAUGGCUUUUUUAAAGAGUAUUUACGUGUAAUUGUCCUAACCUUCAUGGAUGAAAAAUCAAACACGAGACAUGAAAAAUUAAAAAUAAAAUAUUUUCAUUACUAAAUAGUGUCAACUUUAUUUAUCAUUAGUCAUUUAUUAAAUAUAAAUUUUGUGAAAAUAAAAAAUUAACAUACUUUUUUCUAAUUUUUUUUAAAAUUAAAAUUUUUAAAAAUAGCUUACUUUUAACAACUAAACAGGUUUGAAAUAUAGAAAUUUUAUAAAUUAUUGAUAUUUGAUCUACUUAAAACGCUUCAUAAAUUUGAUUCUUUUACAAUUAUCAAUACAAUUUUCAUUUUUUUAUCCAAAAUUUAGAUACCAUUUGUUGGAUUUUUAGAAUCUCUAAUUACCCAUGCAUCUUUUUAUUUUUAUGUUUUCCUGUUGACAUUGCUAUAAUAUGUUUGUUUUUACAUAAUAUGUUUAAUUUGUAUUAUUUUUUUUACUAUUUUAAUUAUAUUUUUGACGAACCCUUUAGAUGAAAAUGUCAAGUAAAGUCUUCAUAAAUUUUUUGAAAAAAUAAAAAAAUAAAAACCCUAUUUGUCAGCAAGAUAGAACGACGCCGUCGUUGAAUGUUGAUAGAUAAAGAUACGCGGUCUGGGUUGAAUCCAGCUGUACCCACAGUUUUGAAUUCAAAAAUGGAUUCCCUCCAACUAAUCCUUUAUUUUUUUAAAACCCUGAAUUCCGAUGAGCCACCCAUCCGAUCGUUGAUCCCUUAGGAGCCAUUCCAAGUUUCAAACGCAAAUACAGCCGUUAAAACUUAAACCCUAACCCUUCUAUUUAUAUCCUCCCACCCCCAUUCCGACUCAUAACUUUUGAUCUUCUUUCAUCGAUUCACAAUGCGUGAAAUUCUUCACAUCCAAGGAGGCCAAUGCGGCAACCAGAUAGGGGCCAAGUUCUGGGAGGUGAUCUGCGCCGAGCACGGCAUUGACCCCAUCGGGCAGUACCAUGGCGACUACGAUCUCCAACUUGAAAGGCUCAAUGUCUACUACAACGAGGCCAGUUGCGGCAGGUUCGUUCCCCGUGCCAUUCUCAUGGAUCUUGAACCCGGAACCAUGGACAGCCUCAGAUCGGGCCCCUACGGCCAGAUUUUCCGGCCAGACAACUUUGUCUUCGGCCAGUCCGGGGCCGGAAACAACUGGGCUAAAGGGCAUUACACCGAAGGCGCAGAGUUGAUCGACUCCGUUCUCGAUGUUGUGCGAAAGGAGGCAGAGAACUGUGACUGCUUGCAGGGGUUUCAGGUGUGCCAUUCUCUAGGCGGUGGAACAGGUUCUGGGAUGGGGACGCUAUUGAUAUCAAAGAUCAGAGAAGAGUAUCCAGACAGGAUGAUGCUGACUUUCUCGGUUUUUCCCUCUCCCAAAGUCUCUGAUACGGUUGUUGAACCUUACAAUGCGACUUUGUCUGUUCAUCAGCUCGUUGAAAAUGCUGAUGAGUGCAUGGUUCUCGACAACGAAGCUUUAUAUGACAUUUGCUUUCGAACCCUCAAACUCUCUACUCCUAGUUUUGGUGAUCUCAACCAUUUAAUAUCUGCUACUAUGUCUGGGGUGACGUGUUGCCUAAGGUUCCCAGGCCAGCUUAACUCUGAUCUCCGGAAGCUGGCUGUUAACCUCAUUCCGUUCCCUCGCCUUCACUUCUUCAUGGUUGGUUUUGCCCCCCUCACCUCACGCGGGUCUCAGCAGUAUCGAGCCCUCACAGUUCCUGAACUCUCUCAGCAGAUGUGGGAUGCAAAGAACAUGAUGUGUGCAGCUGACCCUCGACACGGCCGAUAUCUCACAGCUUCAGCUAUGUUCCGAGGAAAAAUGAGCACCAAGGAGGUGGAUGAGCAGAUGCUUAAUGUGCAGAACAAGAACUCUUCCUAUUUUGUAGAGUGGAUUCCCAACAAUGUGAAGUCCACUGUUUGCGAUAUUCCACCCACUGGUCUGAAGAUGGCAUCGACCUUCAUUGGCAACUCAACUUCGAUACAAGAGAUGUUUCGGAGAGUGAGUGAGCAAUUCACAGCCAUGUUUAAGAGGAAGGCUUUCUUGCAUUGGUACACGGGGGAAGGAAUGGAUGAGAUGGAGUUCACGGAAGCUGAGAGUAAUAUGAAUGAUCUCGUCUCGGAAUACCAGCAGUAUCAAGAUGCAACGGCGGAUGAGGAGCUAGAUUACGAGGAGGAUGAAGAGGAGUAUCAGGAAUGAUUGUGGUAUGCUUGGAAAUUGGGAAGUUGCCAAUGGCAAUUCUUGAUUUACCAUGUUGUAAGCUGGCUGAAUAACCUCAACUUCCGGUUGCUGGUUCUGUAGUAUGAAAAAAAAAAGAGAGUUAGAAGUAGAAGAAUUUCUCUGCAUUGCUUGUAGUUGUUCCUUGCUAUUUAAACAUUUUGGGUUGUAAAAAUAUGCUCUCUUGUUUUCAAA